CAUAUCUUCCUUUUUUAAAGUAUUGAUUUUGGUGUAUAUGUUGCUAAUCUUUAAGGUUGUUCGUGAUUGUAUGCGUCCUUUACUUUCAUUUUGUUCAUUUAAAUGAAGAAGUAGGGCUAGGAAGAGAAUCCGCAUUUAUUGAACAUUCAUAUACAGUAUGACGUUAGGCCUCCUUAUUCUGAUUGCAACCCAAAAAGGUUUUGUUAGUAUUAUUUGAUAAUUAUGGAGUCGCAUAAUUUGGGUGAGAGUGAAGGGCUGACCUUCUUCCUGGCCAGGCCAGAGGAUUAUGAUGAUGUGAUGGCCAUAUCGCAAGACAUAUACGGGGGCAAUGAUUACCUUCCAUGUCGCUAUCACUCCUGGAUGACUGAACCGGACAGAUUGGUUGUAAUAGCAAGGAGGGGCAGCCGGUUGGUGGCGUUGGAGUCAAGCUUUGUGGUUGAUGGUGGUAAAACAGUGGUAGUUGAGGGAUUAAGGGUGUGUCCAACUGAAAGAGGCCGCGGUCUAGCUGGAGUUAUCCAGAGAUUUGCUGAUGGGUAUGUAAAGAAGGUUUUCCCAACGGUGAAGAAUAAGCGCCUCACCAGAGGAGAUAACCCAGGGCCAGAAAAACUGAGCAAGUUCACAUAUCUGGACAAAAGGGCUAUCUUGUCGCUGUGUGGGGAUUCUGAGACCUUUGAUGGCUUCGUAUCAUAUUUGAAGGCAAAACUCAGUGUUUCAGAUGGAUCCACCAGCUAUCCUCUAGUGACAAAACGCAUCGACCAAGCUGCUUUAAAAGGCCUUCUCCUAAAUCCAAACGUGUCCUCCAGACUUCAGCUUCCAGGCGGCGCUAUCAUCCAAGAUUGGCAGCCCCUAGAUCUCCUAGAGAGUAACCUUGAAGUCUUGGCCAGGCGAAAUUUGUCAUGGUUUGUGGAUGAUUCGAAUGAGAAAGAUUUGUUUAUGAGCUUCCACACACCUCCAUAUCCUGUUCCGUUUAACGGAGGGUCUUUACGCCUAAAUAUCGACAUGUUCGGAACAGAUGCCUCCUUAGCAAAGAGAGCACUAACAGCUCACCUGAAUUCUGUAAAAGGUGAGAUUCAGAGCACAGUCUUGAUCCAUAUAUAUAUGCAUCCGGGUCUAUGGGAAGUUAUGAGGCAGUUUUGUGAGGGGCAUGACGGGGUGAAGCAAUGGAGGGAUUACUGGGAGCAGCUCUUUUUGGAAAGGGAGUUAGUAUGAUGAACAAAUGGUGUGCUGGAAUGCAUCAUUUAAUUCUGUCCUGAUUUAAUUUAAUUUGUCAUUAUGAUUUUGUUAGUGUGGUGGUGCCAUAUCUCAAGGUGUGAGGUUUGGCUUUAAUUAAAAAGCGGUACUCAGCAAAUUGAAUGAUGUGAAGGUAUUGCACUGUGCUUUUGUCAUUUCUGUUUGAGAGAAACAAUGCGCACUAACUUAAGUGAGCUCAUUACUUUUACGGCUUUCCUUAAUAUGAAUUAAAUUAAACAUUUGAUUAUACAUUCCAUAUUUACUGUAGCACAACCAUUAAACUUUAUAUUAUGGCUCUACAAAUGGAAAGUGUUUUGGUUUUCAUUGCUUUCUUUUUAAGAAUCAAGUAAAGUAAGUGUCUGUGAUCUAUGAUUAGUUUACCUAAUAAAAAAUAUUUUAUUUACAGUG